AUGUCAUUUACAAAUCGUCCAACAAUACCAGCAAGAACUAUUGUAGAAUCUAUUCGAAGUGGAAGAUUAAAUCAAGUUUCAGAACCAUUAUUAGGACAAAAUACAAUUACACAAGAAUAUCUUACUAUUCUUAUUCACACAAUGGCAAAAGAUCCAACACGUUUACAAACGUAUUUAGAUCGACUUGAUUUUACAAGUAAUAAUUUAGAUAUUGAAAAAACAAUUUUUGAAUUAAUUGAAGCAGGAAUGUCAGAAAAUGCAAAGAAAUUUGCAGAGAAAAGAUCACCAGGAAGUUAUAUAAAAAUAUUAUUAAGAAGUGCUAUAAGUUCAUCACCAUAUAAAGCAUUAGAAAUAUAUGGAAAUAUUAUAAGUUAUAUUGAUCAUCAACAAUAUAUAAAUAAAGUAGAAUUAAUAAAAGUAUUUGGCAAAGUAAUUGUUGAUUCACUUUUAGAUUAUAAAGAGAAAGAAGAAGCAAUAAAAGAUAUAAAAAGAAUAACAAAUAUAUUAAUAAAUUUGUUUUUAGAUAAACCAAGUAAUGCAGCACGAUUAGAUCCAGGAGAAUUUCUUCAUGUUAUGGAAAAUUGUCAAAGUGAAUUAGAUGAAUUCUUAAAGAAAAUUCAAUCAAAGUUUUCAGAAUCAACAACACAAAAUGAUAAAGUAAAUGAACUUCUUAUUGAAAUGGAUUUAAAAGAUGAAUCAGAUAAACAAAAAAAUAAAGCAAUUAUGUUAUAUAAAUCAAGAGAACAUAAACAAGAACAUAUUAAAAAUUUAUUCUUUCAAAAAAGAAUAUUGGAUGAAGUUGUAAAUGAUCCAGAUGAAAAAUUACUUUGUUUAUUACAAGAACAUAAAACUGAUAAAAUUGAUGAAUCAAUGGAUGUUGGAAUUCAUUAUUUACCAUUAAUUUGUAUGGCAGAAAAAGAUAGUAAUGAACAUUCAAUUGGAUUUGAAAAUGUAUUAAAAGGAAUUUUUCAAGAAAAUAAUAGUGAACAUACUGCCCCUCAUAAAAUUAUUUCUGUUCUUGAAAUAUUAUCUCGUCCUGAAAUUAUUGAAAAUAUUAAAUUUGAUCAAAGUGUUAAAGAAAGUUUGAAAAAUGGAUUAUCUUUUAUUGAUGAAAUUCCUACAUUAAGAGAAAGUAUUGAAGAAAGACAAAAAAAUUUAACUGAACAUCUUGUAUUUAGACAAACAAGAUGUGCUGCUUGUGGACAAGAAUUUAAAGAUACUGAAGCUGAUUAUCCUAUUAUUCAUUUUCAUUGUGGACAUUCUUAUCAUAAAAAAUGUUUUACUAAUAGUAAAUUAGAAUGUACUAAAGAUCAUGGUCCUAGUUCCUUAAAAGAAAUCGGUGAAACAGAAUUUGAACGAGCUAUUAAUACUACUGAAUUCCAAGGAUUUUAUGAAUUAAUAAAUAGUGUUUCUUCAGUUCUUGGAAUAGAAGAAGACAUUAAAGCUGAUAAACUUGAAGAUCUUGAAGACAAUAAUUCUCCUAAAGAUAUUCAAGAUAAUCUUCAAGAAGAACCUGAUGAAGAUGUUGAUGAAAGUAAUAAAUUCUUAGAAAAAACAAAGAAUUAUAACCCAUUCUUAACUGCUGAUACAAGUACUGAAGCUAUGAAUUAUGACCAUUCUUCUGCUUAUACUGGAUCUCAAUUUGAAAAUGCAGAUAGUCAAAAUGACCCAUUUUAUUCCGCACUUUUUUAA